AUGGCACACUCGGCGCAGGCCCAGGCGCAGGCGCAGGCUCAAACGCACUCGGCUCAGCAGCUGCGGCCAGUGUCGACGGGCGACCCCGAAGACACGGCGACCAUCGUGCAGGGGAUGCUGUGCCCGAUGUGCAUGAAGGACCUGCGGACCAUCACCAAGCUGCAGGAGCACUGGGAAGAGGCGCACGCGAACGAGGACAAGGCCAUCUUUAGCACCCUCACGUCCUGGUUUAAGAGCAAAGGCAAGGGCGCCGGCUCGAGCAGCGGCGCUUCCACCUCAAACUCGGGUGCUACAACCCCGACGUCCGCAAUGGCGCCGGGCGGAGGGGUGGGCGGCGCUGGCGGCGGCGAUGACUCUGAAUUUGUCACCCGAGCGCACUGGGAGGAUGACAGCGCGUCCUCGGUGUGCCGCGAGGACAACUGCAACAAGGAGUUUGGAUUUCGCGAGCGCAGGCACCAUUGCCGGAAAUGCGGGAGACUGUUCUGCGGAGAGCACUGCAUGUACCAGAUCCGACUGAAUGCGCUCGCUCAGCACGAUCUCGAGAACGGCGUCAUGAGCAAGGUCUGUCGAGGCUGCUUUGAAGGGCGAACAAUCCUGUCGCAGACAUUUGGCGCCAGCCGGAGCUGGACGAAAGACUUCCAGGCCAUCCGGCGCAAGCACAACGGCGACCUCGAGCUGAGCACAAACCAACGCCUAAACCGCUUGGACAAGCUGCUCUCUCAGCUCGAAAAGGCGCGGAGCACCGCCACUGGCAAAAUCAUGCUCACGCCGACGGCGCGCAAGGCGGCCGAGCGCGCGGUGGUGGACUGGGAGGAUGACUCAAAGGUGUCGGUGUGUCGCACCUGCGCCCGGUCGUUCGGCCUGCGAAACCGGCGUCACCAUUGCCGCCUGUGCGGCUUUGUCGUGUGCGGCGAGCAGACGUGCUCUGACAUGCUGUCACUGCGCUCGGCCAAACGGCUCACCGACAACGCGGCAGGUGUCAAGGCGCGCAAAAUUCAGCUGACAACCGAUGCCGGUGACGAGGAUUUGGAGGUUCGCGUUUGCCACACUUGCGUUCAGCUCAUGUUCCGACGCGCCACCCAAGCAGCCCGCGCCAAGGCACGACCGCCGCAGUAUGCACAAAUCUACGAGCGACUGGCUGUCGUCCGGAAGCAGAUUGAAGAGCUCUUCCCGCGCUACCGCGCCAAGGCCGAGAAAGCCAACGACGUGAGCAAUCCCUAUCGCGAUACCGAUCGCGGCGAAGGGCUGCAACUCAAAGCCGAGCUGUCAAGCUUGUUUGACCAACUCGACAAGCUCAGCCAAGAGAUUUACACUUGCAAAUUGCCAGAAUACCGCGGCACCGAGCCCGAACCCGCCAAAGACAAGGCCAAGCGCGAACGCAAAGCCGUGUGCCAAAUGCAAAUCCAAAACAACAUUCGCUCUGCCGCGGUCGCCUACCGUGCAGAAAAUUUGAUCCAGCUCGAACUCUUGUCAACACGGCGGAAGGGUGAAGCGGCACCUGCACCAACCUCUGGGCCGAGCGUGCAAUCUGCUCCGCCGCCUCAACCCCAGCUCUCGCAAAACUCUCAAUCCAUUCCCUCGUUAUCGCAGCAUCAGCAGCCACAUCAGCAGCAACAACAGCAACAACAGCAAUCGCAGCAGCAGCGCGCUGCUCCCGCGGCCUCGCAAGCAGCUGCAGGCCAACAAACACAAAUGCGGUCGUUCGACAAUUUGCUGGACGCUGAUUUGUCAUCCGGCAACCGAUCGAAUAACAGGGCUUCGUCCUCUUUUGCGUCAAAGCCUGCAUCUGGCGGAGCCACCCCAUUAGGAGGACGCCAGGCCUCGGGAGUGAAUAACAACGCGCUGAGUCUCCAAGCCCAAGUCGCCCUCGAGCAACGGGACAGAGUGAAGGCGUUUAUUGCCAAGGCAGAGGCGGAGGGGCGCGAAGAAGAGGCAGCGACUCUCCGACGCGAGCUUGAAAACAUGACUCGGUUUAUGCAAGACAUGGGGUUGAUGAGCACCUAA